AUGCCGCGUGCCGGCAGCGGCGGCAGCAGCAGCAGCGACGGCAGCCCGACGGCGUCGUACGACCAACAGCAGCAGCAGCAGCAGCAGGCGCGGCCGCGCUACCCGCCGUUCACGCAGCACGUCCACGGCGUGCUGUACAAGCUGAGGGCGGCGGACAUGGCCACGAUCGCGCGCAAGGAGGCCGGAUACGUCAUCAAGGAGAUCGAGGUGCAGACCUACGACGGGCGCCGCGUGGUGGCCCAGGCCUUCGUGUCGGGCCCCCUGGCCACACUGCCGGCGGAGGUGGCGCCCCCCGAGAAGUACAUGCGCGCGCUGCGCGAGGGCGCGGGGGACAACUACCUGGACCCCCUCCACCAGGCCUGGCUCAGCGGCGUCAACACCGUGUCGUCCGCGGGGCUGGGGCCGGAGUACUUCGCCACCCCCUCCAAGUACAUAGCCUGGGGCUUCAUAGCGAUCGCCGCGCUGCUGGUCGUGGGCUUCAUCGUGCAGCACUGA